AUGCGCCGUGUGCUCCCCCAAAAACGGCCCUUCUCACCCUCAUCCUCCCCCAUCGCCAACGACCUGCAAAGCCGUCCGCCCAAGCUCAUCCCCGACUACCUCAGUCCCAUGCCCUCGCACCUCCUCGCCACAACUCUAUGCGACCUCCUGCACGCCCCGACCCCCUCGUCACCCACGAUACAAUCGCCCCCCGAGGUCCUCCCCGAAGGCCACCACCUAGUCUACUUCCCGAUCCAAACGGCGCCGUCAAAACUGGCCCCUGACGGCGCAGACCUCGACCAUUCCCCCGGGCCAGAGUUCCCGCGCCGAAUGUGGGCCGGCGGCGAGGUAAGUUUCCACAAAGGGUGGAGGGAGGGCCUCAUCAUGGACGGGCGGCCGUGGCGCUGCAAAGAGGAAAUAGGGGACGUGAGAGUCGAGGGAGACGAGGGGCAGGAGAAGGUAUUCGUAGAUGUGUGGAGGAGGUACGGCGCCCAGCGGGAGUGGGACAUUGAAGAGCGGCGGACGCUGGUGUUUAUGAGGAACACCGACGGCCAGCUGGCUUCUGCCCCUCGGCGAGCCACGACAUUUCCCCAUGCGGCAAGUUGGUCGGCAAAGCUUGUCCCAACGCCAACGCACCUGUUUCACUUCUCGGCGCUGACGUUCAACGCGCACUCUAUUCACAUUGAUCCUUUGUAUGCGCGGUCUACCGACGGCCAUAGGGAUUUACUUGUGCACGGGCCGCUGACGCUGGCGCUCAUGCUGAGCGUGCUGGGGGGCGGCGUGCAGCGGAUAUCGUACAGGAACCACGCGCCGCUCUAUGUUAACGAGCAGAUGAGGGUUUGCGUGCGGAAGCCGGACAACGGGGCCAGCUGGGAUGUCUGGGUUGAAGGGCCAGAGGGGGGGUUAGCUGUUCGGGGGAAGGCGGUGAUGGAUACGUAG